GACAAUUUCGAGAGCGGCCGGCUGCACACCUUGCUCACCAGCGCUUUCACCCACAUACAUCUUGACCACCUCUUCAAAAACAUGAGCACCUUCUACUUCUUCGGCUCAGACAUUGCCGGCAUGUUUGGUCCUGCUUUUCUCUUAAAGUUGUAUGUAUCAGGAGCACUCACUGGAUCUGCAUUCUUCUUGGCAGAAAUGGCUUGUCUAGCUCCACGGGAAGAGGGUUUUGGAGGAUGGAAAACUCCUAUGCUUGGUGCAAGUGCUGCAGUUAGGGCAACAGUUUUUCUUGAGAUUUUUCUGUAUCCAAAGAGAAUGUUGUACUUACACUUCUGCAUUCCUGUUCCAGCUGCAAUAGCGGGAGCUGGUUUCAUUGGUGCUGAUUUGUGGAGGGUCAAGAAGGGUCAGAGUGGUGUGGCAGGUUCUGCUCAUUUAGGGGGCGCCUUUGUCGCAGCGCUUGUGUGGGCAAAAUUGAAGGGCUGGAUCUGAUCAUACAGCUUUACUCUUACUGAUGUGCUGCAAAUCCAAGGGCCAG